AGGAGUUGCAAUAAACAGCCAAACGCACAAUCAUACCGGGCGAAAGGAAACCACAGAAGCGCGGUGGGAUGUUUUACGCACGCUGAUUGGAAACUCUGCUUGUCGUGAAAAUGGGACAUGAUGAUCAUAGCAACACAAGAAGACCACAAGCGGGAUUGGGAAAGAACAUGAAGUUGUCGGGUUUCCUCCUCCUGCUUCUCCUCCCAGUGUGUCCUCUGUGCCAUGGUGCCGCUCCUUCUCCCAGUAAAUGUGUCUCCUUGGCGGAAAUGGAGGACAACCUGCUUAAGAACCUAUUCCAGGGGUAUCAGCGCUGGGUUCGGCCCAUCCAGCGAGCCAACGACACUGUCAGGGUUCGAUUCGGACUCAAGAUCUCUCAGCUGGUCGAUGUGGAUGAGAAAAACCAGCUUAUGACAACCAAUGUCUGGUUGACUCAGGAGUGGAUUGAUUAUAAGCUGCGAUGGAAUCCAGAUAAAUACUGUGGGAUUACCUCCAUCAGAGUUCCUUCAGAAAAUAUUUGGCUCCCAGACAUUGUCCUGUAUGAGAAUGCUGAUGGACGUUUUGAGGGCUCCCUGAUGACCAAAGCCAUCGUAAAGCACAAUGGUGCCAUCACCUGGAGACCGCCUGCUAGUUACAAAUCUGCCUGUACCAUGGAUGUCACCUUUUUCCCCUUCGACCGACAAAACUGCUCAAUGAAGUUUGGGUCGUGGACCUAUGAUGGCAACAUGGUGGAUCUUGUUCUGAUGGAAAACCAUGUUGAUCGAAAGGACUUCUUUGAUAAUGGCGAGUGGGAAAUACUCAGUGCCACUGGAGCCAAGGGAAACAGGAGGGAUGGAAUGUAUUCCUACCCAUUUAUCACCUACUCCUUCAUCCUAAAGAGAUUGCCACUGUUUUACACACUAUUCCUCAUCAUCCCCUGUUUGGGUUUGUCCUUUCUUACUGUCCUGGUGUUCUACCUUCCCUCAGAUGAGGGUGAGAAGCUAUCACUCUCCACCUCUGUCCUAGUGUCUCUCACUGUGUUCCUAUUGGUCAUAGAGGAAAUCAUUCCCUCCUCCUCCAAAGUAAUCCCUCUCAUUGGAGAAUAUCUGCUCUUCAUCAUGAUCUUUGUCACACUUUCGAUCAUUGUCACCGUUUUCGUCAUCAAUGUGCACCAUCGGUCCUCAGCCACCUACCACCCAAUGUCGCCCUGGGUUCGUACUCUUUUUCUUCAAAAACUACCUAGGCUGCUUUGUAUGCGAGGACACACUGACCGGUACCACUACCCGGAGCUGGCUCCGGAUAGUCCUGAAAUGAAGUCUCGCUCUGGAGGUCGGAGGGGAGGCCAGAGGACAAGCAGUGGAACUUAUGGACAGGCAGCUUCUGAUGGAAAGAAAGAGGAAGAAGCUUGGGCCACCAUGUUGGAGAAAGCCAUCUCUUCAGUGCGUUACAUCAGCAGACAUAUCCGCAAAGAGCACUUCAUUCGUGAGGUGGUCCAAGACUGGAAGUUUGUUGCCCAGGUGCUGGACCGAAUCUUCUUGUGGGCUUUCCUCACUGUCUCAAUUCUGGGCACCAUCCUUAUCUUCACUCCAGCCCUGCAGAUGUUCCUGAAAAUCCCUCCUCCAUCUGCAACCGAGGAGCCUCCUUUACACCAGUAACAAACACUGUAGCCUUCUCAGGCAGCUGAAAAUCUUAAAUCAAGAUUACAUAUUAAGUUAAAG